UUCAUUCAAUGACGUAUUUUCCUGUGCGCCUAAAACUUGGUGUGUUCUUUAGCUGCAACUUUAGCCCUUCAUAUCAAAAACAAAACAUUGCUUACACGCAACGCAUUUCUAAUGGCAAUUACACCUACCCUCAAAAACGGCAGUACCGGUGUAGCGUCAAUUGACGAUGGAUGCGAUUGAACAGUCUGUUCACUAAGGCUCAAACACCGAAAACAACACGGAAGUGACUGAAAUUAUGAAACCCAAUGAACGGGAGUGGAGCAACGAAGACCUGUGGAAGCUGUUCACGGCAAUGAGAGAGCAUUUACACGAUAUUGCACUAAAGCGAAAAACGAACUGGAACAAGGUGGCAUUUCCCCCAUUCUCUCCUGAGGAGUGCGACUUGAAGUGGAAACAGAUUUCGCAGGAGGAAGAAAAUAAGUCACAGUCUGAAACUAAUGAUGUAGAAGGUCUGCCCACCAAGCCUCCACGCUGCUGCUAUAACUUAUUCUGCAAAGAGCUAGUGGAUUCAAACCCCUUCAAGAGGAACUGUGUAAACUUAUGGGCGAAAAGAUGGCAGGCGUUGCCCGAAUCUCAGAGGGAGAAGUACCAAACGCGCUGCACUGAGAUGAAGAAAGAAUACAUGGUGAAGCUGGACAAGUAUCUCCAGAAGCUGACAGCUGAACAAGAGAAAAUCAUUAAAAGCUCCAACAGUGAGGUUUUGCAGGCGUUCAACAACAUCAACUCUGCAGCAGACCGGCCAAACCCAGACAGAACAUCAGACUCAGAAGACGACAACAUCGAGUUCAGCACCAGCAGUAGUGAGGAAGGCGAGGACUACGUCCGUUUUAAUGAGGAUGAAACUGAAGAAGAGGAGGACGAGGAUGAAGUCGUCAUGUUUCAGAUGUAUUAGACCGACUAACCAAAAGCGUCAACACUGCCAUCAGGAGGAAAUCGAAUCAUUAUAGCUACUUAACAAACAGCUCACCAAUGAUCAUCAACUGCCGAACAGUCCAACGUGGCCCGCAGCUGAAUUCCCAAAUUCCGGGUUGUCUGCACUGUAAAAGCAGCUAAAAAAAACUAAAAA